ACCACCACCUGUUGGUUCUCCCAAAACAGCAGCAACUGCAGCUGCCAGCCAGCAUGGCGUACCAGCCGGCACCCAUCGACAAUCCGUGGCACCCGCAAUGGGACCCGCGCUACCUGCCAUGCCUCACCCGACCUGAUCCUCGCUACUACCGGUAUGUCCCGGACCUCUCGUGCUACUUCGUGGUCGCCCACCACCAGAGCCCGGACUGGCAGCCGGGUGAGGGACACCCGUCCUCCAUCCGCUGGCUGCGCAACGCCGCCCCCGAGUUGGUCUCUGCCGACGGUCGCCUCGCCACCCCGGCCGACGAUGUGACACGCGGCCAGCCCACCUCGACAGCCGAGGCCAGUGCCAUCUUCGGCCCACCGCACCCGCCGCGCGAACAUCGCCGCGCGAAUGUGCCCACUUGUCCCCCGCCGGGCCCUCCACUGGCACGCUCGGGCGUUGACAUGCCCGAGACCCGUGGAAGGCCCUUGUCCAGGGAGGGCGUGAAGCAGCCGACGGACUGGGCCGAGCCUGAUAGAUCCCGCGAGUAUUGGACUGAGAAUGCAGUCGAGGAUGAGAGGAAAGCCACCAGCUACGCUGACCAGACCCAUCGGACCGUUCAUCACAACACCCACGAGAACUCUGACCAAAAGGUCGCGACCGAGCAGGCCGGCCCGCAUGACAACGACUGGUACGACGGACUGUCCUAUGCUCUCCCAAAGAACUCGCAGGCGAAGCCCCCGGCCCGGGGUAAGGAUGGCACCAGGCAGCGAUCGAGCGAGCGAGGGAGCAACUGGCACUGGACGCCCCAGCUCGCUCCCACCCCAGCUUAUCGUCAGCAGGCCGCCCAACAGUCGCAGCAAUGGGGCCAGCAACUACAGCCACGGAAUAAUCAGCCGCUGUCGUGGGAUAAGAAACAGUCGUGGGACCAGAAACAGUCGUAUCAAAACGAAGACGACAGCAGCGCCCGCCCGCGCGACCUCUCGGGCUCGUACGACUCGGACAAGCAGCCGCACACGGCCACGACUGCGCCCUCGAGGAAGGUCUCAGGCAGCAGCGGCGAGCAGGAGCACGGAUCCUCCGGAUUCUGGCCCGAGACGACCGAGAUCUCAGCCCCCGACGACGCCCAUGUGCACCGCGUCAAGCCGGACUUCCUCCGCAAGUCCCACGACCUGCCUCUCGGCCACAUGGACAGCGCCUGGGGCUGGCCUGAGCGGUCGGACACGCCGCCGCCGCCCUCUGCUUUUAGAGCCGCAGAAGAGAAGCGCCCAGAGGCUGUGCCCCCGACCCCGGCCUCUCAGAACAGCGAUCUAAGCUUGACCUACCUGGCCGACUACUACGAGCGCCUGGCGCUUCAGUGCCGCGAGAGGACCAUCAGUUCCCACGAGGCUCGCGCUGCCGCUGCUGCGGCCGUUGCCAACAAGGGCCGCCACCUGGACGAGAAGUUCUCCUCACAGCCGCCGACCAAGAGCCGCGAGGACGACCAGCAUCACCGUGGUCAGACGUGCGAGGCGUGGGGCGGACCAGUAUCCGAGGAGAACAGCAGCUGGGGGAGCGGCUGGGGGGGCGGUUGGGGCAACCCUUCUGCCUGGUGAAGCGCUCCAGCCGGGCAUCCCACGCAAGGAUCCGACACAGUUCGCAUCCAAAACAACAAACAGCUGAAGGGCAGCACACGCAAUCGUCUCAGGUUGCUCUCUGAGAGCAAACCCAUGCCCAGCAUGUUCCAUCCCCCAAGAAUUCUUUGCGCCAACUUCGCACAUGACUCACUCGAUGCAUUUCACCAAUCUUCAGACCAUCACCACCAGGCGACGGACGCCGGCACACUAACACCAGCUCCCAUACUCGAGUUCCCCAUUCCACAAUACCUUUAACCCCCGUCAUUUUUACUACCAAAACUUCAGCAUUUUAGAUGAUUCUUUCUCUUUCUCCAUUCUCGCACAAGGCACCAGAGCCGAUGGUCUGCGAGGACCGACGGAGCCACCCCAGCCAGAGGGGAAUGGUGCAGGUGCAGGGACGGCGGGAAAUCUUUGCGAUGAUUUCUUCUCAUACUCUAUUUACUACCCGACGCUUGCCAUGGAACAGCUGGGCAAUGGAAGCUAUCGAGAAUCUUUG